UCACCGAGGCCGCCGGCCUGCCCGGCAGCCAGUGUUUCCUGGUCCGUCGGGAGGACUUUGGUGUCGCCGGCGCUCUCACCAUGGCUUGGGUCCAAACUGCGCCACAACCUCUAGGGAGACGUGGGUCCUCGGAGCCACUUUAGUGUCGGACUUAGGGCUGCAGGCGGCGGCGGCGGCGGCGGCAGGAGAACAGGUGACCAGAUGGCGGGCCUGCCCCGCCCGGGGCCGCGUCUUCUGCCCAUCUGGAGGGGCGCGCGUCUGGCCCCUCCGCUGAGGUCUGAGCCCGGUGACCCGACCUGCCUCUCUUCUCUGAGCUCGGCCAGGCUGCCCCCCCGGAUCUCUAACCCCGCUGGCUUGGGUCAAUGGGGCUUUCUCUGCUGAGGCCCAGAAGCCCCACCACGGAGCGUCUCUUUCACUUGGUCGGCCCGGCCCGGCCCGGCCCGAGACCUCACAGUCCUUGUUCUCACCUUCCUUUCUCCAGCCCUCGCCUCGCUCUACCCUCCAGCUUGUGCUAGGCGUUGGCCCUCCUAAUCUCCUUAGUCUUUCUUAUUCUCAAGGGGUGGCCGAGGCUGUGGAGUCAGAUCUUGGUGGCGUCGUCUGGUAUCUUGGUUAGGAGAGCUGGGGCCGGGGGCUUUGGGAGAAGGGAUGUAUUUGAGUGGAGAAUGCUCCCUGGACUAGUCGGGUGGUGGAACUUUUCUCCGAGAUGCGCUUGAGUGAGGAACAAACUGUUUUGCCCUCUGGCCCUGUCAGAAUAGAGGGGCAGGGUAGCAAGUUGAAAAGUACAGUAACUUGACUUUCUAAGGGCGUUGUUUCAGAUUAUGCGUAAAAGUGGGGAUGAAACGACCCGUCUUUGAGAUGGGGCACUUAAGUAACCUUAGUCAAAUCUCUUAACGCCUUUGAUUUUUAGUUUUCUCUUUAAAUUUGAGAUAAAUAACGCCUGCUUUGUCGUGUUGCUUCAAGGGUUAAAAGGCAACCUAAAGCGCUAUAAAUACAAGUUUUAGCAAUAAAGAAUGAAUUUAUCUACUGUGUUACCUCGGCCCUUGCUGUGAAUUAAGAAAAUGAGUGUAGUACCCCUCGUCAGGUUGUUAUGGGGAAUAAAUGAACAUACAGGGAUGUUUGGCACAUUCUGAGGGGUUAUACCAAUGCUGGUUGUUUGUUACUAGAAUCUCUGGAUGGACCUUUCCUGGGAAGUUUUGCUAAUUUGCAGCAGCUGGACAAUGUUCCUCAUUAACAUCUGUUUGUCAGCGUAACCGUCACAUAAUUUCACUGUGGGAUUCAGCUCGGAAUUCUUUAUAGAAAACACCUGGAUCCUAGUCUUUCAAUGGCUUCAAGACAACCAGAAGUACCUGCUCUUGAGCCCAGUGGGCCUCUAGGCAAGAUGUCCCUGCCCAUCGGGAUAUACCGCCGGGCAUUGAGCUAUGAUGAUGCCCUUGAGGACCCUGCGCCCAUGACUCCUCCUCCAUCCGACAUGGGCAGCAUCCCCUGGAAGCCAGUGAUUCCAGAGCGCAAGUAUCAGCACCUCGCCAAGGUGGAGGAAGGCGAGGCCAGUGUAUCCUCCCCUGCUAUGACUCUGUCAUCAGCCAUUGACAGUACGGAUAAGAUCCCAGUGGUGAAGGCUAAAGCUACCCAUGUCAUCAUGAAUUCUUUGAUCACAAAACAGACCCAGGAGAGCAUUCAGCGUUUUGAACAACAGGCAGGGCUGAGAGAUGCUGGCUACACACCCCACAAAGGCCUUACCACCGAGGAGAGCAAAUACCUUCGAGUGGCAGAAGCACUCCACAAACUAAAGCUACAGAGUGGAGAGAGAACAAAAGAAGAGAAGCAGCCUGUGUCAGCCCAGUCCACCCCAAGCAGCACCCCUCAUUCUUCACCCAAGCAUAGGCCCAGAGGCUGGUUUACUUCUGGUUCUCCCACAGCUUUACCUGGCCCAGAUCCUAGCACCAUGGAUUCUGGAAGUGGGGAUAAGGACAGAAACCCAUCAGAUAAAUGGAGCUUCUUUGGACCAAGAUCCCUCCAGAAGUAUGAUUCAGGAAGUUUUGCCACCCAGGCCUACCAAGGAGCCCAGAAACCCUCUGCAAUGGAACUGAUCCGAGCACAGGCCACUAGGAUGGCUGAAGAUCCAGCAACCUUCAAGCCACCCAAGAUGGACAUCCCAGUGAUAGAAGGGAAGAAACAACCCCCACGGACUCAUAAUCUCAAACCCCGUGACUUGAAUGUGCUCACACCCACAGGCUUCUAAAGCUCUUUCUGUUCCAGGGAUUCUAGAGCCCCUCUUCCCUUUUACCUUGGCUCUGACAUAGGACAGGUAUAUUUAAAAAAAAAAAAUCUCUUAAACUGAGGCUACACCUGAAGACAUAAUUGGUUUUUGAGAAACAGUAGUGCAGAGUUUGCCCUUGCUGUGUGGAAGAAGCCGUUUUGUACUGCUUUAAAGUUAGGUUAAAUCUCAGCACUUGUGCAUGGGGACUUCAUGAUCUAUUUUUGUAUUAUUUACCCUAGAUAAGACUGUGAUUGUUGCUUACCGAGAUAGUGUUUGUGCUGCUCUAAAAACACAGGCUUCUUGAUCCUUUUACCACCGUCAAUGUGAGCACUGACAAAUCAUGGCAUAGAGAUGCUCACUGACUAGUUCAGACAACUUUAGGCCUCUUGACUGCUGGUGCUGUGUUCCAGCCUUGUCAGGUAGGUGGGCCUAAUAUCUGUUUGAGACCUGGGUACAGUAAAAAGCUAGACUUGGCUCUUUCCAGGCUGAAACUGGAGCCAUCUUGCAUUUUGGUAGAUCUAAUAGACACUUUGUCCUACAGCCACUUCUUCAUGUGGUACCUCCUGGGCCAGUGCUAUUGGAGGAAAGUUUCUUUUUUAUGCCACAAAACACUAGUCUUGCAUAUGCUUUCUUGUACUUUAAUGUAAGAUUAAUUCCAGUUUGGUUGAAAAUUUUCUAAGGGAGAAAAUUCAGUCUACUGAUUUGAUAAAUGGAUGUUAAGAUGGUAACUACAAUUAGUCUUGAGUUCAUAUGAAAGUAGUAUCACCUUAUUUUGAUUUCCUUGUUCAUCAUCAGUUCAGAGCCUAAAACUUUUUUGGGGCGGGGGUGGUUAGAGAUGGAAGAAUUGAAAAUUCUUUGUAUGAAAGCAUUUGUCACCAAAAUGAACCUCAUACCUUUAUGUAGUGUAUACCUUACUGGGGAAAGGAAAUAGGGAAACCGCCUUUUUAUUUCUCCUCACUGUGUACAUGUUCAGUCACUGUCUUGAACACUGUCUCACACUUGAUUUGGAUAGUAUUUUAUCAGUACAUAAGGAGCUGACCUUUCCAUAGAGAUGUCCUGGAGUCUCAAAUUAUCAGAACAAUUAAUUUAUUUGUGUCUUUUGUCUCUUAUUUUGACAAUAAAAAUCCUUAUGACUUUCUCAAAUGUGGGUAUCUAUUUCUUUGUCCUUUUAAGAAUACUCUGUUCUGCCUAUCUGUAGUCAUGGAACUUAAGCAUGGUAAACUUGGAUUUUGAAAAACUGUU